GCGAUGGAGGGGAGGAGGGAGUUUCUGCGCCAUGGCUGCCCUGCGCGCUCUGCUGCUCCGCGUCCCCGGCCCACUGCGGUCCCCCGCCCGAUGCCCCGCUCUACGGCCCUUCGCCUCGGGGGCUAACUUUGAGUACAUCAUCACAGAAAAAAAGGGGAAGAAUAGCAGUGUGGGCCUGAUCCGCUUGAACCGCCCCAAAGCACUCAACGCACUUUGCAAUGGCCUCAUCAAGGAGCUCAACCAGGCGCUUGAGGCCUUUGAGGAGGACCCGGCUGUGGGGGCCAUCGUGCUCACUGGCGGGGAUAAGGCGUUUGCAGCUGGAGCUGAUAUCAAGGAAAUGCAGAACCAGACAUUUCAGGACUGUUAUUCCGGCAAAUUCUUGAACCACUGGGACCAACUCACCCGGGUCAAGAAGCCAGUCAUUGCUGCUGUCAACGGUUAUGCUCUUGGCGGGGGCUGUGAACUCGCCAUGAUGUGCGACAUCAUCUAUGCGGGUGAGAAAGCUCAGUUUGGACAGCCGGAAAUCCUGCUGGGGACCAUCCCAGGUGCGGGGGGCACCCAGAGACUCACCCGCGCAGUUGGAAAGUCACUAGCAAUGGAGAUGGUCCUCACUGGUGACCGCAUCUCAGCCCAGGAUGCUAAGCAAGCAGGUUUGGUAAGCAAGAUUUUUCCUGUUGAAACACUGGUUGAAGAGGCCAUCCAGUGUGCAGAAAAAAUUGCCAGCAAUUCCAAAAUUAUAGCAGCCAUGGCCAAAGAAUCCGUGAAUGCAGCCUUCGAAAUGACGUUAGCAGAAGGAAAUAAGUUAGAGAAGAAACUCUUCUAUUCCACCUUUGCCACAGAUGACCGGCGAGAAGGCAUGGCUGCGUUUGUGGAGAAGAGGAAGGCAAACUUCAAAGACAACUGAGAACCAGAGAGGAAAGUGCAGCCUGUCAGUUCAAAAUCCAAUAAACUAUCCUCCCCAAGGGUAGUGUAGGGCACAACACAGUUCCCACCCAUGGCCAUGGGGCUGUGGCCAUCAAGAGAGUUAAGCACAUUGCAUAUGAUCAGAGCACAUUCUGAAUCACAAGGAGCCUUCGGUGUCCAUUCAUUCAGGGACAUGUGCUUGCACCAGCUGCCCUAUCUUGCACACCUGUGUUCUGGUGGAAAGCUGUGCCUGUCCCGUCUGCAGUUGUGGAUGUGGCUGCUCAGGGAUGCUCCUGUCUGCUGAUUUUGAACGGAAUAAUCUGAUUAAAGUGACUGCUUCAAAUUAGUUAUACCUCGCUU